AAAUUAUUAAACUGAUAUUGGCAAUAACAAUUUUCCACGCAUUUCUAAAAUAAAAAUUUGCGUGCACCAGUUGAACUGAAUUUCUCAGUUUUUAAAUAAAAAUAUGUAAAUAUACAGAAUUUUGAACUGAAAAAGUAUAAACCCAUCAUAUACCCAACCAGAAUCUUCAUCAUUCUCAAUUCCUCUCUGUGUUCUCAACAAAAGCACGCACAACUUAAAAUUAAUUUGUGGCCUGCUGUAAUCAUGAAUUAAUACUCGUUUCAUGUGGUAUCAUUUUGCCCUUUUUAUAAUUGCUCUCCUUUAAUUUUUGUUAAAAUAUGGCAACAGAAGAAAUAUCUUCUCCACCAGUGGAAAAAGAUUGUACUUUCAAAUCAUUGGGUGUGGUUGAUGUAUUAUGUGAAGCAUGUGAACAGUUGAAAUGGAAAUCUCCAACAGCUAUCCAACAAGAAGCUAUUCCUAUCGCUCUAAAAGGUCGUGACGUCAUUGGUUUGGCUGAAACUGGGUCAGGAAAAACUGGUGCUUUUGCCAUACCUGUUCUGCAGGCUUUGUUGAAAACUCCUCAAAGAUUCUUCGCUCUUAUUCUUACUCCUACUCGAGAGUUAGCGUUCCAAAUUUCUGAACAAUUUGAUGCUUUAGGAGCAUUCAUGGGUGUAAAAACAGCUGUAAUUGUUGGUGGCAUUGAUAUAGCAACUCAAAGUAUGGCCUUAUCUAGGAAACCACACAUAAUUAUAGCCACACCUGGUAGAUUGGUUGAUCAUCUUGAAAAUACAAAAGGAUUUAACCUUAAAGCUUUGAAAUUUCUGAUAAUGGAUGAAGCAGAUAGAAUUCUAGAUAUGGAUUUUGAGCAAGAAGUUGAUAAGAUUUUAAAGGCUAUUCCAAGAGAAAGGAAAACCUAUUUAUAUUCUGCUACAAUGACACAAAAAGUUCAGAAAUUGCAAAGAGCAUCACUCUCAGACCCAGUCAAAGUUGAAGUUUCCAAGAAGUAUCAAACAGUUGAAAAAUUGCAGCAGUAUUAUGUUUUUGUGCCUCUGAAACAUAAGGAUGUCUAUUUAGUUCAUAUCUUGAAUGAGUUGCCUGGUGAUUCUAUAAUGGUAUUUUGUGCUACUUGCGCUAAUACUCAAAGGACUGCGUUUCUUCUUCGAAACCUAGGCUUCACUGCUAUUCCACUUCAUGGUAAACUUAGUCAGGCAAAAAGGCUUGGUGCAUUGCAAAAAUUUAAGGGGAAAACCAGAUCAAUAUUGAUUGCUACUGAUGUUGCUAGCAGAGGUUUAGAUAUACCACAUGUUGAUGUUGUAAUAAAUUUUGAUCUGCCUUCACAUUCAAAAGAUUACAUACACAGAGUUGGUCGAACUGCCAGGGCAGGUCGAGGAGGAAAAUCUAUAACAUUUGUUGUUCAAUUUGAGGUGGAAGCUUAUUUAAAAAUUGAAGAAUUAAUAAGCAAAAAGCUUGAUUUGUAUCCAACUGUAAAUGAGGAAGUUAUGGUAUUGUUGGACAGAGUUGUUGAAGCAUCCCUAACAGCUAACAAAGAAAUGAAAGAACUUGAGGGAAAAGACAAAAAGAGGAAACGCUAUAAUAAAAAUGAUGAUGACGAUACCGAAGAAUCAAAAGGAGUUAAAAAUAGAAUAAAAAAGAAACAAAUAAAACGUUAAUAAAGCUGAUUAAAUUGUUGCAUUGUAUGUUAUUUGUAUAUUAAAUUUGUUUUUAUCUCAA